CAGUUAUCACGUGCAGUUUCCCGUCUUUUUCCAAAAUGACAAAUGUUUUGAUUCUAAAAUUUUAAACGCCGACUCUGUUGUUGUGACUUGUGAGCAUCGAGCCUUAAGCUUUUGUAAUUUUUAUUUUUAAUAUAAAUACCUAAUCAUGAAAUUAGUCAAAUUUUUGAUGAAACUCAGUCAUGAAACUGUGACAUUAGAACUUAAAAAUGGCACCAGUGUUCAUGGAACUAUUACAGGUGUUGAUGUAGCAAUGAACACUCACCUUAAAGCUGUUAAAAUGACUGUAAGAAAUCAACAACCUAUACAUUAUGAAACACUCAGUAUUCGAGGUAACAACAUUCGGUACUAUAUUUUACCUGACUCUCUUACACUUGAAACCCUGUUAGUUGACGAUGCACCUAAAUCACGAAUGAACCGUGGUGGACGAGGAGGUCGCGGAGGACCAGGAAGAGGUGGUCGUGGGCGUGGAGGUCCUAGAGGACGAGGAGGUCGUGGAGGACCACGUGGAAGUGGUGGUGGACGUGGGCGAGGUGGUGGACCACCCCGACGUUAAUACUUUUGUAAUUUGUUCAAAUUCAAUUCAAACUUCUAUGUGUUUUCAAAUUUUUAUUUGCUCUGCAUUUAUUUUAAAAAUAUUUAAACUUUAUUUAUCAAGUCUUAUAAUAAAUUGUCUCAUAUGUAUAAGAUUAUUGUCUAAUACUUAUAAAUACAUUUAAUAAAUAGUACCAUUUACGAUUUACCUAAUAUAAA